AUGGCCGACAAGCCAGAGGAGGAGGGCAAGGCCGGGGAGGGAGAAGGGGCCAAGGGGUUCGCGUCGACAAAGGAGAAGCUGAUGUCCGAGAUCAGCAAGAAGAUCGAGGAGUCCAAGAGCAUGCAGGCCGAAUCCAUGGACCUGCACAGGCAGGCCGAGGAGGCCGUCGACCCCAAGAUCAAGGAGGACCUCGACUUCAAGGCCAAGCAGCUCGACAAGACGGCCACCAAACUGCUCAAGACGGCGAAGCGCCUCGAGAAGGGCUGGCUGCAGGGCGGGGCCGCCGGCGCGGGGCUCGGCACCGGCAUCGCCGCCGGCCUGGGCAUGACCGUCGGCUCCCUCGUCACGGGCCUCGUCGCCAUCCCCACCACGGGACUGGGCAUCGUCAUCGGCGCCGGCACGGGCCUGGUCCACGGGCCCUGGGUCAAGUUUACCGAGGCUUUCACCAAGGACGAUGUGGACGAGAUCGAUAAGGAGGCCGAGGAGGAGGCGCAGCGCAUUGCGGAGGGGUGA